AUGCGGAUAGAGUGUGGAUGUCGGAAAUAUGAAAGUGAAGGAAUCCCGUGUUGCCACCUGUUUUAUGUAAUGAAGUGCGAGCACCUUAUGGAAAUUCCUCCAGCACUCAUAAUGAAGAGAUGGACAAAGAGUGCCCAAACUGAUACAUGUAGGGAAUUUAUCGGCAAAGGCGAAGACACUACCAACGAAGUUGUAGAAAUGGUGAGGUAUGGAAGUUUAAGUGCUAUGUCAAACAAAGUAUGUUUUUAUGCAUCGAAGAAUGCAGAUGGUUAUGCCAUGUUGAUGAAUGAGUUUAGUAGAUGGGAGGGAAUUUGUGAAGGCUUACGGCAAAAGGAAGAAGAGACAAGUCUGAAAUUGGGUAGUGCUGAGCAAUGUCCUCCAAAUAUUGUGAAAGAUCCAAAUAUCAUUAAGACAAAAGGCACUCAAGCAAGGUAG